AUGGCGGAGGAGACGAUGACAAAGUCGGAGCUGGUGGUUCGCUGGGCGCUCGGGCUGCUGUGCCUGGCGCUCGAGGUGGUGGUCGUGUCCAUCGUCAUCGCUGCCGUCAGCCGGAGCACAGACACCGACGAGCUGUUUUUCUGGCACCCGGUCCUCAUGACCAUUGGCGUCAUCCUCUUCCUUUCCCACGGAGUGCGGGCGUACACGUCGUACGCGGGAGUGUCGAGGGCGAAGCUGCGGGUGGUGCACGGCUUGCUGUCGGGCCUGUGGGUGUGCCUGUCCAUGGCCGGCUUCGGCAUCAUCGUUCAGAACAAGCGUAACUCUGACUUCGAGCACUUCACCACGACUCACGGUCGUCUGGGCCUGGGCGUGCUCUUCUUCUCGCUGCUGCAGGGCGUGGCGGGCACCCUCAAGCUGUUCGUCCUCUUCAAGAACAACAAGCGCUUCCUGCGGUGGCACGGGCGCAUGGGCACCCUGGUGUUCGCCAGCGCCGUGACGACCUUCCUCACCGGCGUCAAUUUCCUGUUGGAGGGUGGACCCGAGCAGGACACGGUGAUCACGACCUACGUGCUCACGUUCGUGCUGGCGCUGAUCACGCUCUUCGUCGAUUUCUUCGCCAAGGGCUUCGACCUGGUGCCCCAGGAUCCCGAAGACGAGAAGGCCCACCACUACGUCCGCCUCAACGACCCCACCCACAUGAGGCUCCCUUAA